GCCCCCUCGCUCUCGCGCCCGCGCUCGCUCGCGCCCACCCUCGCCCACACACGCGCCGCCGGGGCCGCAGGACGAAGAUGGCGACUGCCAUGUACUUGGAGCACUACCUGGACAGUAUUGAAAAUCUUCCAUGCGAACUCCAGAGGAACUUCCAGCUGAUGCGUGAACUGGAUCAGAGAACAGAAGAUAAGAAAGCUGAGAUUGACAUCCUGGCAGCUGAGUACAUCUCCACGGUGAAGAAUCUGUCCCCAGAGCAGCGUGUGGAGCACCUGCAGAAGAUUCAGAAUGCGUACAGCAGAUGUAAGGAGUACAGCGAUGACAAGGUGCAGCUGGCCAUGCAGACUUACGAGAUGGUGGACAAACACAUACGCCGCCUUGAUGCGGACCUCGCACGCUUUGAAGCUGAUCUGAAGGAGAAGAUGGAGGGCAGUGACCUGGAGAGCUCGGGAGGCCGAGGCCUGAAAAAGGGCCGGGGACAGAAGGAGAAAAGGGGCUCCCGGGGCCGUGGGAGACGCACGUCAGAAGAGGAUACCCCAAAGAAGAAAAAACUCAAAGGAGGAUCAGAGUUUGCUGAAACCAUACUCUCCGUGCACCCCUCGGACGUGCUAGACAUGCCUGUGGACCCCAACGAGCCGACCUACUGCUUGUGCCACCAGGUGUCCUAUGGAGAGAUGAUUGGCUGUGACAACCCAGACUGUCCCAUUGAGUGGUUUCACUUUGCUUGUGUGGAUCUCACCACAAAGCCCAAAGGAAAGUGGUUUUGCCCACGCUGUGUUCAGGAGAAGAGGAAGAAGAAGUAAGGAAGACUCAGAAGGACCAGUUAACAUCUUCCUUCCUUCAUGUUGUAAUAGCUUAUCUUUAUUUUUAAACUACCUUAUCGUUUUGGUCUGGUAUCGAGUAAUCCAAGGGCCAGUUGUAAUUCUUGGUAUUUCAAAACAAAAAGCAGAAAACCAGCUCUCGUCAAUGGGGAGAGACUCUUGUAGGUGAAUUUGCCACAGGGACUUUCUUUUCCUUACUUUGUUAUGUGGAUUUCCUGGUAGCACUGAACCUGGCAGUAGGACUUUAUGAUUUGGAUGGGUAUUUGCUAAUUAGGCAUCAGGAAAUGUGGGCCUGCCGCCAGAAGUCCAUGGCUGUGAGCUCAGUGCCCCCUUUGGUACCCUGGUGCCCGCCGUUGCCAUCCCUUGGAAGUGCAGACGUGGCACAGCAGCACCAGGAUACUGGACAGUGAGGGCACCCUUUGCCGUCAACCCGUCUCUCUCUUCCUACUGAGGCAAGUGUCUGUAGGGGCUGUGGUGUCCCGGCCCCAGCUGGGGAGUCUCCUCGAUGAGGCCUCAGCUCUGAUUCUGAAGCCAGUGACCAUGUUUACUUGUGGUAAGGGCCUCUCCCAUGCGCCCACCCGCUGCUGCGGGUUUAGGGUUCUUACCCUUAGGAAGUAAUUUCUGCUUGAUUGUGCACUGCCCUGUUUGUUUGAAUUUCCACUCCUCCCCUCUCGCGAGGGCUGUACUCACCCAUUCUGGAGCACAGGGGGGUUUCAUUAGCACGGAGCCUUUCACAGCUGCUGAUGACCCCUUGCUCUGGAAGUCCCUCAAGUUUUUACUGUGAAGACAAGCUUAGUGUUUUAGCAUGAAGAUAGUGGGGUCUGAUGUGUUUUAUGAAGUGACAGUCCAGUCUGCUAAGACCUCGUGUUGUAUCUGAUUGAUGUUGCACACUCUUAGAGCUCUAGACAAGAAGCUGUAUCCAAGGGAUGGAAUACUCUGCGGUGACGUGGGGACUCUCAUCAUUUGGCCGCCAUUCACCACACACCGAUGCGAGAUGAUCCUUUUAGUGAGAUUGGAAUGAGUUUAAUGCCGGUUAUUUUGCUACUUUUAAGAUGCCUAGAAAAACAGGAAGAGUUGGAAUUCUGCUAAUACUCUGAGCAUCCCAGAGAAGAGGGGAGAAGGACAAAGGGCUCUUCUUAAGAGUCUAGAACAUGAGCCUGGUCAAUGUGAUUGAGGAGUAAAAUGCUAACUGCGAGAAGAUGCUGCUUUUGGCACCUGUAGAAGGAGGGUUAGCUGGUGGUGUUUGCCGGUGUCAUUGCUGAUUUCCCAAUGUUUGCAUUCUAAAAUGGGGUGAGGGGUGAGGGAAGCCAGGACACUGCCAGCCUGCGUUACCAAGUUCAUUCUUGGUGAGCCUCAAACAGCCACGCUCUGGUUAAUGAGCGACACAGUGAAUCUGAUUCUCCCAAGAGCUCUCCUCUCAUUCCUCGCCUUUGCCUUUCGGACAGCAAGCCCUGCAGACCACUCUGGUGUUCAAGUCAUCAAAUCGUGGUGUUUACGCUCAAGAUUUUUUGUUCCUUUUCAAGUUUUAGGUUUGAGGCUUGAGCACCUUUGAUCCUUGGGAAAGAGAGAUCAGGCAACUGCUCCAGCCCCGCUCUCCCGCAGGGUCAGAUCUGGCUUCAGGACCCAUAGCUCUGGGCUCUUGGGGAGCUGCCAGGGGUGUGGCGAAGGCCUGACUGCCCAUCCUUGCCUUUUGGCCAGGGGCAGACGGCCACUUCCUCUCUUCCUUGACUCAUUGAAUGCUUUAUCUGCUCUAUUCAGUUGCUGUUGAAAAGCAGGGAAAAAAGUGGUAGAAAUUAUGGGGAAAAUAUUUUUCUAGAUUUUCUUCCCAGUGUGUAGGGUGAGAUAUAUAAGUGCAGUCUAUUUGGAGUAAGAGAAUUUCUGCUGAUUCCUUAGUAGCCAGUUCAAUGAUGUACUUCUCUGGUCUUUGGCUGUGCUGUAGACAGUGUUUGCUCAUCAGUGUAGGGUUUUGGGGACUUGUGAGCACCAUCUGGGGGCUUCUGAUCUCACGGGGAAGCAAGCCUUGGGCUGCUGGGAGCUUUUCUCAUUGUCCUGUUGUGUAGAGGCUUUCCUCCUCAAAGGUUCUCUUUUGCCAUUUGAAAAUGACAUCACCAAAAUGUUAGGCACAGACGGACCCAGAGCAGAAGAGAAAAGGCUCCCAGUUGUCUGUAACCAGAGCACAUGCCUCUGUCUGACCAGUCUGAUGGGGGGGAUGGAUCUCAUCCAGGUGGUGGGCCUGCUCCUGCACGGUCCUCCCCACUCCUCUUAGGCCUGAGCUUGAGUGUAGCAGGGCUUGGUUCCUAGGCUGCUUCUGCCCUAACCAAGGUCAGGACCUUUGGUCUUGUCUGCCAUUUGAGACAGGCCUCUUCUCCUUUUGGCUGGAGGAGACUCGGCCUGCUCUGGCCCAAGGCCUCCCUGGAAGGUUUGGGCAGAUUGUGAAUCAUUGAGGAUGGAGGCUGGCUCUUCCCUCACUGUUGGAUCUUCCCCCAGCACCUUGCACAGUUCCCUGCACAGGCUUAGUGCUAACUAAGUGUUUGUGAUGGAAUGAAUGUCCCAGACUAUCUAAUCCCACAGUUUAUGACACUGUAUAGGAGCCAGGUAUAAUGUAUUAUCCAUAUUUUUUUGUGCUUAUUUGCAAGUAAAAACUAUAGUCUAUUCAGAAGAAAAGUCAAAACAUUUCAGGAGUUGAUUUUCCCUUCCUUUGAUGCUUAGAUUAUUAGACUUAACCCUUUUAGAACAAUUCUUCUGUUGUCUUCUGGGAGAAAACAUGCUGCAUUUAUAAAACAAAGUGUUUGUUUCAUUGAGUCCCAUAAACCUGUGUUUGUCUGUAGUGGAAUUGCCGGCUGGAGCAAGUCCCUUAGAAACGGACCCCUUGGAGGCAGGCCAGAACUCCAGAAUCUAGAAAGGCAAAGCCGGGGCUCCCUUCGGGCAGACGGCUGCCCCGUCAGGCGGCCGGUGCGGAUGGAAGGGCUGUCUUCCAGCCAAAGCCCAGGAAGCUUCUCAGCCACUAGAGAUCAGGGACCAUCGGUAGUCAUUAGGUUAGACUUCACUUUUUUUUUCUUUCUUUCUCCCUCAACCCUUCAGAGCUUAUCAUGUCGUCGGCACAGGAGCAGGGCUAGUUUAAUGGAACCUAGCGCUAGAAGAACCUGGGUUCUUCUCUGGGCUUGGCAGCAUCUGCUCCACAGAGGGCUGUGCUGCACAGGGGGCAGGGACUUGUCUUUUUCUUUCUUUUUUCUUUUAAACAAAAUGAAGAAUUUUGAUUCUGGGCAUUGGAAAGUUUCAAGGUUUCCUAGGUUUUGGGUGUUCCAGCGUUUGCUGUUCAUCACCUUGGCUGAAAGGGAUUGAAAAGUGGGGGAAAUCUAAGGUGGUUCUAAUUCACGCAAGGUUACAAAGAUGUUUUUUCACAUCCAUGUAUAUUUUGUGUCUUCAGCUUUACCACGUUUCAUCCAAAAAGAUGAUGAUGCAGCUUUAACAUGAAUGUUACAUUUUAUUUUCAAAGGAGAUAUGUUCCCUUUGUAAAUGGAAGAGAAUAUUGUAAAUCUUUUUAUUAAAAAUAAUGUAAAGUAAAGAUGUAUAUCUGUAUUUUU